ACGGAAAAGCCUUGUUGUACUAGAAUGGAUCGCCCAACAAAAUACGUUUGAUGGGCACGGCAAAGCAUCUACCAUACGCACCGAGGCAGAAGCAAGCUGAACGCCACUGAAACAUGGGUUUGUCACGCGUGGAACGUGUCGUUCCUGGGACACGUUGGCUGCGCGGAUAUACGGCACAGUUUGUGGUAGCGGAUUUGAUCGCCGGUGUAACGGUUGGAUUGACAGUACUUCCACAAGGGCUGGCUUACGCGACGCUUGCCGGGUUGGAACCACAGUAUGGUUUAUAUUCCGCUUUUAUCGGUGGGGUAGUGUACGCAUUGUUGGGCGGAUGCCGUGAGGUUACGAUUGGACCGACUGCUUUACUAUCGCUCAUGACCAGUCGACACACGGGCUACGGUGGAGAUUCUGGCCCACAGCUCGCUAUAUUACUGUGCUUCCUGUCCGGUGUGGUGGAGUUGCUAAUGGCCGUUUUACGGCUAGGUGCGCUGGUGGAUCUCAUUUCGCUCCCAGUUACCGUGGGCUUCACAUCGGCCACGGCGCUCAUCAUUGGGGCGUCUCAGCUGAAGGCGUUGCUCGGUAUUCGUGGCGGUUCUGGGUCAGGAUUCGCCAGUACCGUGCGCACUGUAUUUGAAAAGAUUGGCGAAGCACGUGUAGCCGAUAGUAUUCUCGGGGUCGUCUCAAUCGCUGUACUGCUCGCCAUGAGGAAAUUGAAAGACAUCAAAACACCCGCAGACGCUACGAGAGGACGUAAAAUUGUAGGGCUUGUGUGCUGGUUAGUUGCAACGGCGCGGAACGCACUGGUAGUGUUGAUUACUAGUUUCGUUGCGUUUUACUACGAUCAGCGAGGUGAACGGCCCUUUAUCCUGACAGGCACGGUUAAGAGUGGUAUACCGGAUUUCCAGCUGCCACCAUUCAGUACAGUUCUGCCGGAAGGUGGAGGACCAAAUGGAACCAGCCCGGUACAGCUGGGUUUUACCGGUAUGAUCGAAGAGCUGGGUGCCUCGAUUGCGCUCGUCCCAAUCAUUGCCGUGCUUGGAAAUGUGGCCAUAUCGAAAGCAUUCGGUGGAAGCGGCAUCAAUCCGACGCGUGAACUGGUCGCCCUUUCGUUGAGCAACAUUUGUGGAUCGUUCUUCAGUUCCUUUCCAGUUACCGGGUCGUUUUCGCGCAGUGCUGUGAAUCAUGCCAGUGGUGUGAAGACCCCGAUCGGUGGCAUCUACACAGGUGCGCUGGUGCUGCUGGCAUUAGGUGUACUAACACCCUAUUUUCAAUUCAUUCCGAAAGCCGCCCUGAGUGCGGUGAUCAUAUCAGCGGUCAUAUUUAUGAUUGAGUACGAAGUAAUUCGACCGUUGUGGCGCUGCAACAAACGAGAAUUAAUCCCGGGCGCCGUAACGUUCGUGUUGAGUUUGAUCGUCGGUGUCGAGCUGGGACUGUUGGCCGGAGUGCUGACCGAUCUGGCCUUCGUCGUAUAUCGCACUGCUCGUCCAUUGUUGACCGUUAGUGUUGCGAAUACUUCUCUCGGUGCGCAGUACAUUCUGAUCCGUCCAAACCAUAGCGUUAUAUAUUUCCCUGCCGUCGAGUGGGUUCGAAACGUUACGUCUAAAGCUAUCAAACAGCACGGUAACAUUCCGGUCGUGUUCGACUGUCGGUUAGUGAACGAAUUUGACUACACUGCCGCGACUGGAUUGCAAAUGCUGCGUAAAGAGCUGGAAAAGAAAAAGAUUCCAUUGAUCAUAUAUGGGUCAUCAAGCGAGGUAAGGAAGCUCCUGCAGGAAACCCUGAAAAGCAGCCUGCUGGAAGUUAGUAAUGAUGACGAGCUAGAGAUGUUGCUCCAAGAGUUGUCCACCGCUGAGGGAGGUAAGCAUGAGCUGCGCGAAGUCGUUACACCGCUCCUAUCGCCCGAACGUACACCGCCCAUCGCUGAUAUCGAAUUGUCUUAAGUGUAUCCCAGAACGUGCCUUCUAUGUGUCGUGUGUCUGUAAAUGUGUAAAUGGUAGAUGUGCAUUCGUUUGAUUCAUUUAAUCGUUUAGUGUUACGCGUCAUUCAACCAUCGGACAAAAUUUCAUUGCAUAUGUGUUAUGUUUGUAAGUUGUGCGGAGCAGUGUUGAUGUUCCUUUCUGUUUGUAUCCCCUAUCUUGACCAACCGGAUAUAGGUGUAGGAUAAGAUAAACAAACGCAAAAGCACUCCUGGACAAAGACGAUUUCUCACAAAACGAAACUACUUCGCGGAAUUAUUACCAAUUGGCCAUUGACCAGCGUAUCGAAUUAAUUGUUUUACCAUGUUUCUACAAGCUUUGUGAAUGUAAAGAAUACAUAAAUAAAUUAAACGACGUUAAAAAACACAA